AUGCAAUGGUGUGGGCCAGUAGGCGGCGCCACUAGUAAAUGGGAGUGCCGCAUUGGUGAGGUGGCACUGGCACUAAGUGCGAGAUCAUUCCAGAGAACUGGGGUGACACUGGGGCGGAUACUGAUUGCAGUAAUCCAGCAAGAUGGAGCACCUCCACAUUAUGCAUUGAAAGUAAGAGACUACCUUAACCAAGCAUCAAUGGCACUACGUUCACCUGGCUUGACACCAAUGGAUUUCUUCUUAUAUUUUGGAGACUACAGAAGGUUAGACAGUAAAAUGAAACCUACGUUAGAUAUGUUCUUAUUAUUAAAUAGAAGACAUGGUGCAUGUGAAGAGAUCAGGAAUGAAGAGCUGUGGGAAUUGUUGUACGCUGAUGAUCUGGUGAUUACUGCUGAAAAUGAAGAGGACCUACAGAGAGGGGUUGGAGAGUGGGAGGAGUCUUUAGAGGGGGUUGGAUUAAAGGUGAAUGUCAAUAAAACAGGUUUUGCUGAGCAGUAG